CUUUUUCCGUUUAAUUUCUUUGAUCGCAUAGAUUGUUUUUUCAGUAGUAUAUGCAUUUAAAAUUCAAGACAAGUUACAUUUAAUUUAAAUAAGUAUGUUUAUACAGAGUAGGAGGUAAUCAAACUAGUGUGCGUAAUAAACGUCCAGGUAGUUUGUUCGAUCAGCUGGUCACUUGUGAGUUGUGUGAGACCGCCUUGAAUGUUGGCAUACAAGUGCGCCGAGCAGUUGGCUCUUGCCAGGGCUCCAGGAAGGAUGUGUAAUCGGGGGUGUACGGUUCUUGAGACUGCCACCGGUUUUUUGCGUGCCGGCCGCUUUAUGGCCUACAACGCGGCACCAUAGCCUCGGCUAUCCGAUUAAAAUAUCCUUACUUCGUGGUUUAUUCAUCCGUCCGGUGUAAAGAGUAUGAUCGACAACUUGUAUUCACAAAAAUGGAGUAGUUGGCGAAAAGUUUUCGGUGACGAGUUAUUUUCUACGGUGAAAACAAUAUCGAGAAUUGACGACGUUCGUUAGUUACCGCGUACUUAUCGUUAAAGUUUCAGUUCGACAAGUUGAAACCUGUAUUUUCAAGGUUAGAACUGACGAAUAUCGUGCACACAACACGACACGACACGACUUGGCGGUGGUGCGCUUCGCAUUUUUACGACGCGCUUAGGUUAAGUGUCAUUCGAUGUACCAUCGAAUUGUUGAAUGACAAGUUGAAAAAGAGGCAGAUACUUAUUGUAUCAAUUACAUAAAAAUUUUCUUUACGGAUACUACACGAGUGUACACAUUCUGUUUGAGAGAAAGGGUAGUAAACGUGAUUCACUGUGGCGAAGAAACAACGAGACGAAACCUCGCCAUUGCAACUGAUCAAAUUCAACAUAUGUAUUUGUGUGUCCUUCUUGGUGCAACGAAAAUUUCCGCAAAACAAGCCGGUCGAUACGAUCCAAGUGUCUCAGAGAAAGAAAUUGUGGAUUUCCUUGGUAAGACAGCGUGGUGACCAUCGUUCUGCGUUAGUCAUAUUGAUAGAUGAUGGGAAUGAUCCAAAAUGUUUUUCUGCAAACGUAACAUAAUUUCUCUGAUCAAUUAAACAAAAUUUAAAAAAAGGAAUAAAAUAGUCCGACUCUAAGCUGCUGUAAUAUCAUUCAAUUCAUUAAAUUUUCGGAUCGUAUUAAUUGCUGAACAUAUUAAUUGUUCAUAUCGAUACGUGUCCCAAAUUGCAAGAAACCGGAAGGAAGUGUAUGCAAUUAAACGAUAAAAAAGUACGGCUGACGUGUGUUAGCAAAUUAUAGGGUUUGUUAUCGACGUCAUUUAAUGGCUCACAUGAUUCUUGUACUUAAUGCAAAACCUAACCUCAAUGCAAGGAGUACAAAGUACUUAUCGUAAAUCGAAAUCUGCAGUACUUUCAUUUCUAAUCGAUGAGACAAGCAAGAGAAUACGUCAAGUUUGAUUUUACAAUCAGUUUCUGAAAACUGCUUGACUACUCGAUUCCAGUACUUAAUAGUUUCGAUCUUGGGAGAAAAAGAGAACACACUGUGCCGGCAUUAUCUAUUUAUCGACAGUUUAUACUAAUGUAUAGAGUUCAGUGGUGAAAAAUGUAUUCAGUGUGUGCAUAAAUAAUUAGUGAAACGCUUUCCUAUAUUAGCAAUUUUGUAGCUACUGGCUAACCAACUUUAUCGGAGGACGAUUUUCUAGCGAUAACGAAAACGAUUAUUACGCAAAUAAACGACAUCGCUGCCGAAAAAUUUUUAGACAGUGCAACGCAUCGUAUCAAGAUUUCUCAAUGGAGAGUUCCGGUGGAGACAAGCAAAACGAGUCGGACGAAUGUGAUGUGACUGCCAAUAAUCAGCGUCAGAACAAAAUGACGGGUCAAGAAGACAUUAACGUGAAGAUAAGUAAGGAUUUAGAGGAGCAGGAGGCGUUGAAGAAUUUAAAGAAUUUAGAGAAUAUCAGCCAAAAUGACGAGGCUUCGAAUAAAUUAUCAAAGGCUGUGUCUCAAGAUUCUCAAGACGAAGAUGACGACGUGGACGAAUGUAAAGGCUCCGACGAAGACGAACUCAAAGAGGAAAAAACUGAUGGAAAGAAAGACGAGAAAUCAUCGAGUAGUACAACGUCUACCAGCACUUCUGAUGACGAGUCUGAAACUAGUUCAGACGAUAAGACGGAGGCUUCGAAAAUCGAGCAAACUAAGACGGUUACUUCAGAAGUCAAGAAAGCAGAUCAAACGACAAAAAAUGACGACACGACGGAUGACAGUGACAUCGAGGAUGACUUGAUUUCAGCUAUCAAUUAUAAUACCAUCACCUCUUUAGCUGCCCUUAAGGAUAUGCUGCAAUCUUCUGGAGAGGAGUCAGAUGGCGUGGAUAGUUUCUUUCAUCAUUACUUUCUCUCUCACGUGAACAGAUUACCAUCAAGAAAUCAAACGCAUAGUCCUUAUCCGUGGGGUAGACGAUUGUCUGAGUGCAGGGAAGAGGAUGAAUACGAAAAUGAAGACGUGAAAAACUUGGAAGCAUCGACCACGGAAAACGCUAGUGAAAGUAAGAAGGAUGUCGCGAAGACGGAAGAGUCGGACGAAAAGAACGAUAGUGACUCCUCGAAAGCUUCUAGUCCGUCUACUUCAGAGAAAUCAAGCUCUGAGAGAAUCGAUCAAAAGUCGAAUCCUACCCCCAGUAUAUCUGAACCGAAUACCCAAACUGCUAUCUCUUCGGUGACAACGACGACAACUUCAACAACUACCUCGACGAUCACAUCAACGACGACUGCUACGACAACUACCUCGUCAUCUAGGUUUACAACGUCAAUGGUUACUUCACCGACGUCCACCACGAAACCUCCUCUAAGAAGAAGGCAUACCACUGGCCCUGGGAUGACCUUCCCAGCCACGGAUCCGCCGACCUAUUCGACCAGUAUGACUUUCUCGAGGACCAGUCCUCUCCCUAGUCCUCAUCUCGAUAAAAGGUUCUUCGACAGCAGUUUGAUAGAAAUGAAGAGUCAGGCGAGCAGUUCUAGCACUCUUGAUUAUGAUUCGACGGAGGAAGUCUGGGUUCGCAGGGUAGAUUUCGUUCAGGAGAGAAAGAGAAAGGAACUUGGAUCGCAACCAUUGCCAACAAUCGUAACAGAAGAUGCAGAUACGGCGGGUCAUGCUUCUCACGAUCAAGGUCAUAGACCACGCGCAGGAACGUGGGGCUCACAUUCGAGAACAAUCAGGAAGCCGACCUCGGGAAGCGCUCCUGGUUCUGGAAAGUCGACUCCUCUUCCGCAACAGGCCGAACCUUCGAGUUCGUCAAGUUCAAGCAAAGGUGGCAGAAAAGCUUCUGGCACGCGAUCUGGCUCCACCAGCCGCAGUAAUAGCCGUAGUAAUAGCGCGGAACGCAGAAGAAGCGGUGGUGGCACUGUCGAUGACACGGCUAGCCCUACUAAAAAACCAGCGCUAUUCGAUGCGUUUAGACCGAGAAGUAAAUCUGAUGCUAGCAAAAGAAAGCCCAGUAUUAUAGCGAAUAUGAAGAGUGCCGUGCAGCAUUCAUUGCAUAGAGGCUCACAUGGGAGUUCGUCAACAGACGUACGUACGGAUAAGGAUCAUCACAAAGACAGUAAGGAUCAUAAGGAAGGUAAAGAACCUAUGGGACGUCCUCGUGCAGGUUCAGAAAGUAGCAGAAAUCCUGUUAGCAAAGUUAUGGAUCUCAUUAGGCAUAGGAGUCACAGUGCUCUUAGUGCUGAAGAUAAACGAAAAGCGAGAACUGCAGCCCAACAUCAGUCUCAAACAGCCUCACAAAGCGCACUUAGACGGAGCUCUUUGGACCCUGGUGCCAGACGAUUCUCUUUGGGUACACCUGCGAUUCCUCAUAGAGCCUCCGAUGCUUGUCUAGAUCCUGUGCACGCCGCCAUCCUCUUUCGAGACGCGAGAGGGCUGCCCGUUGUAGAUCCUUUUCUGGAGAAAGUUUCGCUCUCUGAUCUCGAGGAAGACGAAUCACAGAUUUUCGUAAAGUUCUUCAAAUUUCACAAGUGUUAUGAUCUAAUACCAACCAGCGCUAAAUUAGUUGUUUUUGAUACGCACCUCCUCGUCAAGAAGGCCUUCUUUGCUCUCGUCUACAAUGGUGUGAGAGCUGCACCACUAUGGGACAGUUCAAGACAAGAAUUUGUUGGAAUGCUAACUAUAACAGACUUUAUAAAAAUCUUACAGAUGUACUAUACCAGCCCAUCUGUAACAAUGGAUGAAUUAGAAGAACAUGAAUUAGAUACAUGGAGAAAAGUCUUGAAAGAUCAAGUGCAUCCAUUAGUGAGCAUUGGCCCAGAUGCAUCUUUAUACGAGGCCAUUAAAACUCUAAUUCAAAAUAGAAUUCAUCGUCUGCCUGUGAUAGAUCCAGAUACUGGAAAUGUUCUCUAUAUUUUGACACACAAACGAAUCCUUAGGUUCCUCUUUCUUUAUAUACACGAGCUACCAAAACCAUCUUUCACCGGUAAAACAUUGAGGGAUCUAAGGAUAGGUACCUUUGAGAACAUAGAAACAGCAACAGAAGAAACUAGCAUAAUUUUAGCUUUAAAGAAAUUUGUUGAAAGGAGAGUUUCUGCAUUACCAAUUAUUGACACUGAAGGAAAGUUGGUUAAUAUUUAUUCAAAGUUUGAUGUUAUUAACUUAGCUGCAGAAAAAACAUAUAAUAAUUUAGAUAUUUCAUUAAGAGAAGCAAAUGAGCAUCGUAAUGAAUGGUUUGAAGGAGUUCAAAGUUGUAAAUUAGAUGAAACCCUAUUUACUAUUAUGGAGAGAAUUGUUAGAGCAGAGGUCCAUAGGUUAGUAGUGGUUGAUGAUGAUGAUAAAGUGAUCGGUAUAAUUUCUCUAUCCGACUUACUCUUCUACCUCGUUCUUAGGCCUUGUGGUGAAGAUGGCAGUAGCAACAAAGAUAGUUCUGUAUCGUUAAGAGCACAGGAUUCUACAUCAAAGGCUCCGAGUUCUGUGCAAUCGGAGGCUUCCAUUCCUGAUGGUGAAGCAGAAGCUGAACAAGAUACAGCUGAAGUAAACCAAUCCGAAGAAGCACCCGCAACACCUAGUCCACCACUGAGUCCUGCAGCAUCAGAUAUUUCUGAACCUCAGUCAACUUUAGUAAAUCAGUCUCAAGAAUCUGCGUGGCGGGAAGUAGCCGUAUCAGGAGGAGAUUGAGCCAAUAUUAUCUUAACAUGCCAUUAAGCAUGAAAUUGUGAAUCAAUUGUUUGACUACAACGUCAAACCGUUAUAAGAUAACGACAACAAGCAGUGUACGACUGAGCUUGUUUUUCAUUUGUUCUUAAUACUUGCGUGUACAAUGCUUAAGAACUUAGGAAAAAUAUGCGAAAAAUUGUUCUUCUCUCGUUCGAUCAAUUUACGUCACAAAACUAACUGUUGUCUAAAAUAAUGUAAUCGUGUUGAACGCGUGAAAAUAAUGAAAUGAAUUUUACUGGACGCGACAAACGAUAAUGCGAUGCUCUAUACUGUAUAAAAUAAUUAAACUUAAUUUUUUAUGGUACAAAUGCUACUCAGCGUAAACGUUCGAGCUUCUUGCCAGGAACGGUUGCUACGCCAUUAUCUACUCAGGGUAUGAUAUUCUGUACACCCUUUCUUCAAUCGUACACUGGGAAUGUUUCAGUAGAAUUUUCGGGGAAACAAAUAGUGGUUUCUUGCAUCCUUUCGAUUUAUGAUGUUACUACGCUCCUAAUACUGGUAUCCUUGUAUUUUAUUUCAAAUCAAAGAUUAUGAAGUAAUUUACUUUACUCAUAUAGUAUAGAAAAAUGUGCAGAAGACAUAAAACAGAAUAGUCGUAUGUCAAAGAGUGCUCCAUAAUUAAUAAAUAUGGACCUCGUUUUUACAGAGGCCUUCCAUGCUUUCUCCUGACAGGAACGAAAUACAGUGUUAAGCAAACGUCUAAACAUGUACAUAUAUCCUGUAUGCUUAUCUAUAAAAAAGCUUCUUAUCCAUGAACUGUCACGUUGGAUGUCUGAAUAUUAGAAACUGAUAUGCAUAAUAAACGAUUUUGUUUUAAACAAU